ACAAGAAGCUAAAGAAGUUCGAUUUGAAUCCUAAAAAGCCUUUUGGGUGGAGAAUUUUGGACCUCAGACUUUUGUCUGGGUGAGGUUGUUCAAACUUUACACACCUUCCAAAUCCAUCAUUUCCCAAACACUUUUCCUUGCACACAAAAUCUUUCUCUCCUGAACACGUUCCUGUGCUCUUUUAAGAUUCAGAAGUUUCUUCACUCCAGGAAUCUCUGACUACAAUUGCUAAUCUCCAGAUUUCUUGGACACCCACUAGCACUUUCUUGGUCUUCAUUAGUGGGUAUCUCUUAUUUCUUGAAUUACACCUUCCAAGAUUGAAUAUCAGGGAUAACUGUUAUCUGGGUAUAUUUCUGGAAAGGUCGAUUUUGCGCUUAGUUUUGUGUGUUUGAGAGAGAGAGAGAGAGAGAGGAUGGUGGGAGCUUUAUAUGCUGUGGCUUCAUCGGUGGUGGACUCGCAUUCUAGCCCAUGUUUGUGUUUGGAUGCGCUGCCUUCAACUAAUAUGAACUUCAAGAGUGGUGGAGAUUUGGUUUUGCAAAGGAAUUCAAUGGCGAGGAAGCAUUUUAGUAAGCCAGGGUCCGUGGAGUUAAGCAGUUCAUUCAUUGAUUCUGGGCGCCAGUUGCGGCUCUCAAAGAAAGCGCUUUCAGGUAUCGUUCACCGGAGUUCGAGGAAGCAGCGGAAGGAGCGGAGAUUGGUGAUCGUCAAUGAGCUUGCCGGACAGUAUGAAGACAGUUUUGAGGAUGUUAAAACGCAACUUCUCAACUAUUUCACAUACAAGGCUGUGAGGACUGUUCUUAACCAGCUGUAUGAGAUGAAUCCGACACAAUAUAGGUGGUUUUACGAUUUUGUCGCAACAAACAAACCUGGUGAUGGAAAAGGUUUCAUCCGUAGCCUUGGAAAGGAGAAGCAUGAGCUCGCUGAGAGAGUGAUGGUAACUCGGCUUCACCUGUAUGGUAAAUGGGUCAAGAAAUGUAAUCAUGCUGAAAUAUACCAAGAGAUCUCUGAUGAAAACUUGGAGUUGAUGCGUGAACGUCUCAUGGAGACUGUGAUAUGGCCCUCCGAUGACUCAAACACAGAGAAGAUUGGCUGACAACUUGCUACUUCAUACACCUUGGUCAUUCUUUUUUCCCCUGUUCCUAGUCUAGGUAUAUUUUUGCUUUCUCAUCAAGAUCCCAUGAGGUCUUCUAUAUUAUUUUCCACAAAACUAAUAAGAUGUCGUAUUCUGUACAUUGUAUAUAUGAAUACCAUCCAACAAUUUAGAGAGCUUGAAGCAAAAUCACAAACUGGGUUUUCUGA